AUGUCCAACACCGGCGAUAGCGUGAUUGUAAGGUUCGUAACCGAGGACGAUAAAGAGGGCUGGCAAGGGCUUUGGCGGUCAUUCCAAGAUUUCUACAGCGUCUCGUUUCCCAAUGAGUUGGACGAGUUUAACUUCAAGAGGUUCCUAGACCCCAACGUCAAAAUGUGGGCUGCUGUGGCCGUCGACAGCACGAGCGGGAAAAUCAUUGGAAUGAUAAACUUCCUCAGUCACAUGACCACGUGGGACUUCAAGGACAAGGUAUACAUCAAUGACCUCUAUGUUGACGAAAGUUCGAGGGUCAAAGGUGUGGGGCGGGAGCUGAUUCAGUUUGUUUACGAGGAGGCCGAUAAACUGGACACGCCAAACGUGUAUUGGUGUACGGAUGAAUCAAACCACAGGGCCCAGUUGCUAUACACCAAGAUCGGUUACAAAGCUCCCAAGAGUCUAUACAAGAGAAACGGAUAUUGA